AUGAAGACACUUCUAGUUGGGCUCCUGCUUGGCCUGGCAUACAUGGAAUUGGCCCAAUCCUUACGAUGCUACACGUGCAAGGAACCAACGGACAUUGCUAAGUGCAGAACAGUCACCCUGUGCCCCCUAAAUGCCACCGUGUGCACCACAACGCUGCACUCCGUAGACUCAGGUUACCCCUUUUUCGGCAACAUCACCGUGACCAGAGACUGUGAGGUGGAGUGCCUCGCCUUUGACGGGAUAGGGGCGAACAAACCCAAGUCAUGCUGCAACACUGACCUCUGCACCGCUGACACCAGGAGUAGCAACGGGGUGGGAAGCAGCUCUGCAAUGCUGGGUCUGAUGGCCAUGGUUGUUGGCACACUCUUCCAGUGUGCUCUGUAA